AUGAGUACAGCAUCAAUAAGUAAAGCUUCUUUGGAACGAAAAUUCGUUGAAUGUGGUGAACGGGAUCGAAUGAAAGAGUUAUUGUUGCAGAGGUUACGGGAGAGUGGUUGGGUGGAAGAGGUCGAGAGUAUGUGCAGAAGUUGCAUACAGUCUAAGGGUAUCGAACAAGUAACAUUAGAGGAUAUUUUGAGUGAUGUGCGAGUACAAGCCAGAAGAGCAGUACCAGAUGAAGUAAAACGUGAACUCAUGCACUGUAUUCGAUCAUUUUUGCAGCAGCAAUCAGGCAUCACUGAUUUAUGA